GCGAAUUUGGCUUGGACCACCCUUCCCUCGUUUGAGGUACAUUUUUACAAUGAGAACAGAAUGUCUAAGGCGUUUAAUAUAUUGAUUGAAGAAUCCGAGAAACUGCAUUUACCUCUUCAUAAUUCUUUUUUAUGGCCUUCGCUAGCUUUUUGCCGUACUGCUUGAUUUGACUUCUUUUCCUUCCAUGAAAUUCUCAACAAUCUUCUAAGAAACGAAAUUUCCAUUGCUUCAAUUUUAUUUUCCCUAUCUUUGAUCAAUUGUGCAGUGUUUGGAAGUUAAAACUACAACGAUUUUCCUUCAUUCUCCCCAACAGGUGCUGUGGAAACCCGGGCUGUGCAGACCGCAGACGCUGACUGCACACCACUUGAGGAUAUGGUGUCCAACAUUCCGUCUACAUCACCGAAAUCAAGACGACGCCGUGACGUCAGAACACUUUCACCUUCCGGUUCCGACAACUUCAACUUCCAUGACAAACAACAUAGGAUUGAUAACAAUAAGGGAAGCAACUGGAGCUUGCAAGACUUUCAUUCUGAUCGUAAACAUUUAGACCACAAACAUUUACUGCGACGUAUGUCAAUGAAGAAUAUCUUUGAAAGAACCAGAUCUCCUCAUCUUAUUAGAUUAUUGCUGAAAAGCACAGGCGGGAGAUCUGCAGAAGCCGAAGAGUUUUUUAACCUGACAAGAAAGCACUACAUAUCUGAUCUUGUCCAGAACAUGAAAUCCCGGAGACGAUUUCAUCGUAUUUUGGACAACGUUGGUCAUCAGCCCAGACUUAAGUAUAACGACAGACGAAACCGAAUCGAAGACAAACGCCCAGUAACAGUUCUCAGCCACUUGCUUCUGCGCAGAAGUAAUUCUAACCCAAAGACUUUACGAGACACGAGCCGAGACUUUCGGGAUUAUGAUAUACGUCUCUCGUCUGUUCAGAAUGCUUUUCUUAGACGAGGGCACAAUCGUUUCUCGACCUCAAACUAUAAACUGCGUUCGAAACGAGGAAUAGCAGGAAGUACCAAAAACUUCAAAACCCUCGCGAAUAAUCGUGAAUUUGGAUUAGGUCAAUAUCACAGGGAAAUACAUCAACUUCAAGAAAAGCACGGAUUGUCCAAGUCUCACCAAACCUACAAACAUUAUCCCCCAGGCAAAACUCACCAACUUUCCCACCAAAGAUCCCCAGCCAGUGCCUGGAGAAAAACCAUAAAAAAAUCUUAUUCCAAUUCUCCAAGACUCGAAAAUCUCGCAGCAGUUGGAACAGAUGUUGCUGAAAGUGCAAUCAGGAAUCACAAGUUACCAUCCGCUCAGAUAUCAGGGAGUGCCACGAACCAGAGAAUGCGGGUCCGAAGCAAGCGUACAGCCACUCUCAUUUCUGCUGACUUGUCAGAGGGAAUGGUCAUCUGGCAAAUGGAACCGCCACUACCAGGUGAGUGUGAUGGUGCUUUUUUUUUUAUAUCGACACUAUAUGUUCACCAAAGCUUUACAGAAAAUGAUAGGUUUGCGCCAAACAAAACGUCAACGUUGUAUGCCCCACCCCCACCCCUUAGGACACUAAAUAAUCAUUUUAAACCAACAGGCCUUCCAAGGGAGCUCUAGUGAAUUCAAGUGAGCCUUCAUACUCAUAAGACGGCAAACACGCACUUAAAGUUCAUGAAAAACAUUCAAAACAACUGCGAUCAAGCUCUGACGUUAAGUUUGUUUGAUGAGUGUGAUCACAAUAUAAUUGUAUUUGUA